AUGGCUCGACGCACGAAUGAAAGCGACCUGAAUAAUGACUCGGGCAGCGACCCUUUUGAGCCCCCUCGUUUGAACUUCCGCGCCGGUAUGCCGUCACCACGGACCGGGGACAUCCCACCCAUGCUCAGUCCGUUAGAUGCUUUCGCUAUGCAUUCGCACAUGCUCGCGCAGCGCAUGGAAGAGGAUCGGAAAUCAGGUCGGCGCGUGAGUCGACUCCCGCACGACGUGGUCGCCAAAGAGAUGUCAAAUCGUCCGGGAUACUUCCGAGCGUUCAGUAAUAGCAGCGAGGAUUAUGAUCAGCAUCGUGUGCCAGAUGUGCCCGAGGAUGACGAAGGUUCGAGUCCGAUUCUUUCAGGCAUACAGACUCACGAACAGCCAAAGGAGGACAAGCGACCCAAAAGUCAAUAUCCUGUCUAUGGUGUCACACGACCCGUCAGCGAUUCAUAUCCUGAAAUACCUGAAGGCCUGCCGGCAUCAUUGCCAUUCUUUCCGCCAGACGCCCGAGCUCGCCCGUCAGAAGCACCACGUCCUGCAGAGCCGCAUGACUAUUUCGACCUGGGCACGACGCGGGCCACCUCGCCAGAGCAGGUGGAGAGCAAGUCCAAUGCAAAUGUCACCUCGUCCACAGCACCUAGCCUGGCUGGCAGCAUUGACACGAUCGCAUCCUCAUCGAAACCCCCUCGGACUUUGACCAAUGAUUCGGUAAAUUCUCAACGGUCAUUUCACACAGCAGAGCGAGGCCCAGGACUGGCACCACCGCACUCAAGUCAAACUCCAUCCCCACGCUUUGGGCCUCCGCGAUCAGCUCGUAGCUUUCAAAGCAUUCGCUCCAUUCCCGCAGAUUCUGGAGACGAAGACGGCGGCGCAGGUCGAGGUCCACAAUCCAUCUCGAAUAGCCCACAACCAGCGGUUGUCACAGAAUCAUCGGCAUCAUUACGGAAGUUCUCCAACAGCAGCAAUAUGUCCCGGCCUCAAUCUCCACCUUUCUCUCCCUGGGUGCACGCGCCUCAUCGCUCGCCAUCCAUGAAUUCUGAGUAUUCCAUUGGCGGUUCUUCGGUACAGCUACCGCCACGAUUUGCUGCCAACUUUUCUCGGCCCAUGAGCAGUUCAGGUGGCCGAGGAUCAAUAGAUCUCCGUCCCUCGAUGGAAAGUCGGCCAUCCGCAGAGAAGGUUCCAUCAACAGAUCUGCCCUUUCGGCAACUCAGCCGACUGACUGAUACAACUUCCUUAUAUUCGGGUGACUCUCAGCUUGAUUCUCCAGAUAUAGAAACACAAUACGCAUCAAUGGAUGGACCUACCCCUGGUCCUAAUUUCAGCGUCGCUGCUGCCCAAGGAAAUGCAACAGAUCAAGAGAACUCACCGGCAUUCGCUCCUCUGGGUGGCAGUCUGGGGGAUCUCCCGGAGACUUCUGAACGACCCGCUACAUAUGUCUAUGCCAAGUAUAGCCUUCCUCGCGGGCGACCCAUGGAACGGACGUCCGAUGGAGGCAUUCGCGCUUCGUGGAUACAACGCCAGUUCGAUUGGGAUAAACCCGAGGCACCCACUUCCAACAAAGCCAUGGAGAACAGCAAAUCUCAUGUAGAGCCACCUCGACCGGUUUUCGAACCUGUUCGUGCGCCAUCGCCGAUGCUUGACCAACGCGGGCGCUCUCAAAAAGACAUGGGCGCAACCACCAGCGCGAUACGCAGCCGCUCGGCAGGCCCUCGAACAAUGAAAAACGCCGCUCCCGUCACACCUCAUCCUUUUCCUCCUCCUCGAGACUUGGCUGGUCCAUUGUCUCCAAACCGCCCUAAGACAGCAGCAUCCUCAUCACCUGCAAAGGAUACUCCCAUCACACAAUUCUCCACACCAGCCAGUAUCAACCAGCCGUACCUGCCAUCACCGUCGAUUGCAAAUCGAUCUGCGUCUCCUCAAACCCAUCAUCGGGCCACUUCCUCCUCUGCCACUGUCUCCACCACUAGCACCAUCCGUGCUCCAGCUGGCGCUUCAAGCAACACUUUAGCAAACAAAGACGAAGCGCCUCGAUCGUCCCUCUCUGGUAUACCCUCCAAAGAUCUCACUCCUGAUCAGCAUCUCGACAUUGGUAUUGCAGCUCACUCCGCCGGCGAGACCACCAAAUCCACUUAUCAUCUCCGGCUCGCAGCGAAUGCGGGCCUACCGACUGCAAUGCUGCUGUACGCUUUGGCCUGUCGGCAUGGCUGGGGCAUGCGCGCCCAGCCGGAGGAAGGGGUACGAUGGUUGCGAAAGGCCGUCGAGAAGACUACAGCUGGCUUGGAAACUGGUCUGAUAGAUUCGAGGAUGAGCGCCCUUAUGGACCCAUCUGCCGCUGGUACUAGUGCCACGUCUGCUGCAGCCAAGUCGAAAUCGGCUUCGAGCAAGACGGUUCAAGCGCAAUAUGCUCUUGCCAUGUAUGAACUCGGUGUUUCGUCCCUCCGAGGCUGGGGCUGUCCAAAGGAUAAGAAACUUGCCUUGCGUUGUUUUGAAAUUGCGGGAUCAUGGGGAGAUGCCGACGCUCUGGCCGAAGCAGGGUACUGUUAUGCGCAGGGUGUGGGUUGCAAGAAGGACUUGAAGAAGGCCGCUGGGUUUUACCGUCGCGCAGAGGCAAGGGGUCUGCCGGCGGUGGGUAAUAGCUGGAUCUACAAACCCAAAUACAUGGACUCCACCGACAGUCCUUCUCCCUCAUCAGGCUCCGCUGCAGGCGGCGGCGCCUCUAACAAUAACACCAAAUUCCGGCACAGCGAACAAAUUAUCCGCCCAACAACAUCCACUUCCUCCCUCUCAUCAGCCUCCCCGUACCCACCUCCCCCCGCCUUCCCCUUCGCCAAUGGAACCUCCACACGUCCUACCUCAUCUUCAACACUCAAACGACCCAUCACUUCCCACGGUGGCAGCGGCGGCAUCUUCGGCCAUCAGACAUCCCGGGACUCCGUCUCCACCACAACGACCGUUUUCCCUAGCGGGAUCACCGCUUCAUCCUCCGAGGAAGCUUCCCCUGCUGCGCCUACCACCAGCGGAAGCGGCCGCGCCCGCUCAAGGAGUAUCUGGGGCCGACGCAAGGAGAAGAACGCGGCGAUUGCAGCCGCCGCCGCGGCAGCUGGUGCUGCAGGUGGUGAACAUGGCAAGGAGUUUACGCCCCAGCCUCCGCCACCGCUCCCGCUUUCGCCUUCGCCGUCGCAUUCCAUGCUGAGGAGCGCGACGCCGAAUUCCUUCACUAAUAGCGAUUCACUUGGGCUGGACAGCCUGGACAGCAUGAACCCCCGGACCGUCGACAAUGCGAAGAAAAGUGCGAACUUGCAACAACAACAACAACAACAAAAACGAUGCCUUGAUGGCUCUCCCAUAGCGCCAGUCCACACGAAGACCUACAAGAUGCACCAUCGUCGGAUCUUCUUGAUGACAAGUCACUUCGAGGAUGAGGCGAAGGACGAUUGUGCAGCCUUCGAAGCAAUUCAGGCUAUACUCUAG